AUGCCUCUCGACUUUAUAACGAACGCGUAUCUCUAUGGGCUGCCAGAAUGGUUCCCCGAGCCCGAGACGCUGGUCAAGUUCUUCGGCACGCUCGGCGUGCUCGUGGGCACCAAGGUGUACUGCAGCGGCGCGUCCAAUCGGUCGGACCGCAGCAUGCACGGCCGCGUCGUGAUGAUCACGGGCGGCACAUCGGGCGUGGGUGCAGCCGUGGCGCUCGACCUGGCCAAGCGCGGCGCCCAUAUUGUGCUUCUGACCCAACAACCGUCGUCCGAUCCCUUUGUGGUGGACUAUGUCGAAGAGCUGCGCGAGCUCGCGGGCCACCAGCUCAUUUACGCGGAGCAGGUCGACUUGACGUCCCUGCACAGCAUCCGCACAUUUGCUACUCAGUGGAUCGACAACUUGCCGGUGCGGCGGCUGGAUAUGAUCAUUCUGUGCGCGGCGGUGGCUGGCGUGGCGCAGACGGACGAACGCACGGGCAAGGCGCUGGCGCCGGCACGCGGCGUGACGACGGCGGACGGGAUUGAGCGAGCGUGGAUGGUCAACUACCUGGCCAACUUCCAUCUGCUGGGCAUCCUGAGCCCCGCGCUGCGGUCGCAGCCGUUUGAUCGCGACGUGCGGAUCAUUAUCACGACGUGCUCGUCCUACAUUGGCUCGCCGCCGUUGAUUGCGGCUCCUGCCAGCACCGCAUCAACGACAACAAACGCUCGAGGUAGCAAGAAAAAGGCAGCCAAGGCAGGGGCAGCGGCCUCCACGACGCCGGACGGCGUCGACAUCCCCGACUGGUCCCCGGCGCGCGCGUAUGCGCGCAGCAAGCUCGCGCUCAUGGUGUUUGCACGCUCCUUCCAGAAGCACGUCGACGCACACAAGCGGCCGGACAACCUACCAGGCAAUGUGCGCGUGCUGGUGGUCGACCCGGGCAUGUCGCGCACGCCCGGGUUCCGCCACUGGCUGACAGGGGGGUCGCUGCUGUGGCUCGUGCUGGGCUAUGUGCUGCUGUACCCGCUGUGGUGGCUGUUUAUCAAGAGCGCCGACGACGGCGCACAGUCGAUUUUGUAUGCGGCCAUGGACGGCGAGCUGCGGCGCAUGCGCGACUUUGGCACCGCGGGCGACGCGCUGGCGGACGACGCGGCCCGGGACCCGCUGGCGCACAAGAUCAUCAAGGAGUGCCGGGUCAUGGACACGGCGCGGCGCGACGUCGAGGACGAGACCGUGGCCAAGGCGCUGUGGCAGGACAGUGAUCUGCUGGUGGAAGAAACGGAAAAGCGAGCCGCCGAGCGGCGCCAGCGGGAGAAGGAGGCCGCCAAAGAGGCUGCCGAGAACGAGGAGCGCGUGCGCAAGGAGACACAUCAAGUCAACGAAAUCGAGGCGCUGGUGAGCGCGAUCAAGAAGGGCAAAGAGCGGGAGAAGGAGAAGGAAGCGGCGGCGAAGAAGGGCGACAAGAAGAAGUCGAAACGAAAGGCAUAG